AUGCCGACUGUGUCCGAUAUUCCGACCCAGGCCGCUGGUCUCGGAGGUGACGCAUCAGCUAUCCUGACUGAAACUUUGAAGUUGGACAAUCAAGGGAGAAAUCUCGCGGUGGAAAACCUAUCGCCUCUAGACAAUUGGUACUAUCCAAUUGAGAUCAAGAAUGAUCUUCAAGGCGUCGAUCUUCCUCCUGAAUUCAUUGAAGAAGCAUUGACCUGUGGCUGGGAGUAUACGCGGUGCAUCAUACCUCACUACACCAAUUGGGACCGCUACAUUGCAUUCACACGAACCGUCAUAAUAGGGAUUAUUGCUGAGUUCCGUGGGAGUCUUGUGGAUAUAGCCGCUGGCAACAAUCUCCUUGGUUACAACCUCGUCGAGAUACUUGAUACCCUCUUUGCCGGGACGCCAGGCCGCGAUGAGAUGGCUCGCCACUUUCGAGCUUUUCUGCUCUUCAGUGCAGAAAAGUCCAGCGACAGGCGGGAAUCAGAUCUCUUCCGCCGGUAUGUGAACUCACUUGCUCGAUCGCCGAGAGAGUGGUUUCGACUUCGCGAUUCUGAUGCGCUUGCGCGUUAUUCCAUGGCAGCAGCACUGGCAUGCAAUGAUUUCGAUGAAGUGUGGUUCACCGACGCCGAGUUUGAGAUACUUUCCGAAGUUGGCAUCACUCUCUAUGACGCUGUUGCCUUUCACAAGCAUCGAGCCGAAGGAGAAACUAACAGCACCUUCGCCUACGCCGAUUAUAAGAUGCGAAAAGAGUGUUUUCGCAGAAGCCGAGAAGUCCUCUGGAGUUUGGACGUUGCAUGGGCACAUAGUCCCGGGCACCUAUGCGUGACCAAUUUCUUGCGCUCCUUCGGCGGCCCCAUUCAUAUAAUGAUGCGACGGUACCGAUUUGUCGAAGACGGUUUGAUGAUUGGGAGGUCAGAAACUGAAGAGGUGGUAGCUCAAACACGCCAGAAUGUAAAGCUCUGGAAUAGAGUUGACGCUACUGAGAUGCCGAGUGCAUCUGCUCAGAGCGCACGGUACAGAAAGGUGAUAGCCGGGAGCAACACAUUGCUGAUCGAAGGACUUGCAGAUAUGCUGGAAGGUGGAAACGAAGGAUUUUGCGGCAAGUGUGCUUAUCGUUAUAAGCUCUCGUACGGUGCUCAGGCUUCUGAACAGUUUGGUGGAGUAGAGCUGUGUGUUGGUUGCAAAGAAGAGUGGCGUUCUUAUCUUGAAUCGCUGCCCGCUCGCGCCGCCAAGGUCUUUCCUAUUUUAGAGAAAGUGUCUGUAUCCAAUGGUGUCAAAGGAGGUCUAGCCCGAAAUUGA